CUGUGUUUGUCAUAGAAUAAGUAAUAAUGAACCGCCUUGGGUGUUCCUGGGGCUGUAGCUCGUCCUCCAGUCCACUACUUUGUAGUUUCGAAAAUACGAAGGGCACUGAUUGCUCGGACUGUUGGCGAUUAGCUAAGCCCCUGGCGAUAAGACCUCGCUUGAUCUUCUGAGAAGUUCUAAAUGCCCUUGCAAUGCUAAGAUAAGGAUUUUGACUUUUUUGUUAUUUCCCUGAAGAAUUUUUAGUUUUUUUUUUUUUUUUGAUAUGUAUAGAAGCAAUACUCAUUGACAGGAAAUAAUAGCGGAAUCAUACAAUUUUUUAAGAAAUUUUGUGUGAGACAUUUUUAUUUUUCAUUGAACUUAUCUUAUUAAUGAUGAGUCUACUAUUAUAUUAUGACGCAUUAAAAAAUCUUAAAGGAUAUCUCAUAUCAAAUGACAUAGUAAGUCAAACAAAAACUAUCCAAACAAAACUAACCAAAAAAAAUAUAAAUAUAAAAAAAAAAAAAAAAAAAAAGAAAAAAACACCACUCAACCAGCUAGAAUUAGGAAUAGAAAAUGGAUGAUGAGGAGGACUUUGAUUACCUUCCGCCGGCGAAUACAAACAGAUUGGACAUUCCCAAUGACCCUGCAUUGCUGGCCGUCUACGAGGUUUACAAAUCCCCAUUGGAGGCCAAUCGCUUUAUUUUCUCCGAGCGUAACCGCAGCACCUUCGCGGAGGCCUUGAAUGGCCCCAGUGUGCCCACUUUGGCGGAACUGUGUGUCCGGCAGCUGGCGAAGCGUGGACCCGCUUACGUGCCCGCUUCCGUGCGCGAUGAUCCGCUCAAGAUGCGCAUCUACUACGACUCACUGGACGUGGAGUUGCCCCUGCGGGAGUGCUACUUUGUGGAGGAUGCGAGCUUCUGGAGGAGGGUGGUCCUGGCCAAGACUAGGGACACUUGCCUUUGCAUGAAGAGCUUGCAGGAUUACGAUUGGCGCGGCAAGGGCCUAAGCCUCAAGUACGUGGAACUGGUGGAAGCCUGUCCGGCCUCUUUGUGGCCGGAGCGGGAAAUGUCCGAGCUGGCGGAGCUGAUCAAGGAUCAUGUACGGACCAUGGAAAUACGGCACCUGCAGUCGCUGACGGAGUACGCCUUCCGGCGGAGGAUAAACGACGACGACGACACGGAGCCGGAUAUCACCUCCGAGGAGUCCGGCGCCAUAGAAGUCUCGAGCGAUGAACCGAUGACUUCGGAAGAGGGCGGCGAGGAGGAGGAAGCAGAGGCAGAGGAAACAGAGUCCAACCAUUCAGGGACAAAAAAGGUCAUUGGCUUCAAUACAAACACCAAUUUUGUAAUAAACUUCGACGACGACGACGAGGACGAUGUCGCCACAAAUGAUCGACGAAAGCGUCGGAUGGAUCGAAACGCCGCCCGCCAGAAACUGCGGGAAAUGAACGCCAUCAAGCAGGCGGAGCACGAGGAGCGAGUGAGGAGACGCGCCGAGAACCGAAUGCCCAAGGAGCCGGAGCCGCCCUCGAAGAGAAGGAAAAAAAAGCAGCCCAUUGAAGGCGUCUUCGACAUCCGCGUGGAUCCGGAACCGGAAGACGGCGAGGACAAGGUGAUGGACAAACGCAACAAGCAGAAGUACUUGCAGCACCUCCAACGUUUGGAAUAUCCGGAGGAUGAGUGUCAUCACAUUGAUCUGAGCUUUCUGCGGCACUUUGUCAACCUGGUCUCGCUGCACCUGGAGUUCCUGGGUCCCGAGGUGGGCAGGGAUUACCACAAGCGACACGCGCUCUUCUCGCUCAAGGACAUUGUCCACCUGUCCCGCGGCUUGGCGGCCCUGGAGCAGCUGAAGAUCUUCCGGCUGCGCAACAGUCGGCUGAACAACAUCAAGGUCUAUCCGCUCUGCCGGGCUCUCCACUCGCUGCCUCUUCUGGAGGUGGUGGACCUUGGCUUCAACCAGAUGACCGACGACUGCGGCAAGGAGCUGGGCUUCCUGCUGGAGCGACCGCGCAUGCUGAAGGCCCUCGAGCUGGAGUACAAUUGCCUGGAGACGCGCACCAUGGCGGCCAUCGCGGAGGCGCUGCAGCAGCCGAGCGACUCCUGGCUGGAGUACCUGGGCCUGGCCCACAACAGGAUGGGCGGCGAUUCCCUGAGCAUUCUGUGCAACGGCAUCAAGGGCACGGGUCACGUGGAGGAAAUCAAUUUGUCGGGAAUCGAGGCCAAUCCGCAUACCUUUGUGCAAGAGAUCGGAGAACUGGUGCGUCACCACGAUCCACUGCGGCGUUUGAAAAUGGUGGCCAUUCCGUUGAGUUCCAAGUUGGGCAAUAAGCUGAUAUGCGCCCUGAACGCCAACAUGAAUAUCACCGAAUUCGACUGCCGCGAAUGCGAUUUGGACGAGGACCAGGAGUUGGAUGCGGAUCUGGCGAUCAGGCGCAACGUCUUCAUGCAGGAGAGCACCUUUAUGAGGGACACCGCACGCUUUCCCAGCACAAGCGAUCUGCUGGAGUUCAGCAAGACGGUAAGGCAUCCCAUGGUGCAGAAGAUCGAGGAGGACAUGGCCAGGAAGAAGGAGUGCUUGGAGAACUAUCCGCCUCCAACGCCAAGUGCCAUCAGCACCAAAACGGUAUCUCUGGUGGUGCAGGAGUCGGAGUACGACAUUUGGCGGGUGCUCGGCAUCACCCAGAAUAAGCCGACCAAAGAGAGUAGUCCGCCGGUGGAGCCUGAAAAGAAGGAGAGUGUCGUCUCGUUCCAGGUCCCGGAACCAUUUAACUACGAUCCCAACAGCUUUGAUCUGGAUCAGUUCCGGGAGCACGUCUCUCAGCUGGGACCAAGCAACCGGCACUCCUACUUCCUGAAACAGAGGCAGUCGUUCAUAUAGAUUGGAGCCUUCUCAACCUAAAUCAUAAAUUAUUUAGAAACUGUGACCAAAUCGAGAAGUACAGAAAUAGGAAAAAUAAAAUAAAUAUCCUAUAUAUCAAUAAAUAA